GUCAGAGGGAGAACCAUCGAGUCUGUUUCUUUCAAUCCUCUUGUUUCGUUGAACAGGCAGCUUGAUUAUAAUUUUAUUUUUUUUAACAUCUUGCAGUGGAUACAUUCACAAAUCUGAUCAACUGAGUAAAAAGCUUUACAGAAACAAGACAAAAAACAAAGGUCAUCUCAAGAAAAUCAACAGCAUGGGUGUCCGGGCCACACUCGCCGUCCUCCUCCUGUUCAUAGCCACCGUCGAAGCAGGUGAAGGACAAGGAAAGGUAGAAUUCUGGAAAGAAACUUUCACAAUGUUCUGCCCAGAAAACGGGACUUGGUUCAAGAAAGGAGCCAAAGCACUCAGUGUGGGAAAAGAGUAUAAACUCACAUAUGAUGGCACAAACAAAGGCUCAUUCUACUGUGAAUAUGGCACAACAAAAUAUUAUUUCUACGUGAAAGGAAAGGCAUGUGAAAACUGUUUCGAGCUGGACGGGAGGUUGUUUGGGCUGGUCAUUGCUGUGGACGUGUUGGGGACGGCCGGUUUGAUGAUCUUUAUCUUCAGUUGCACCAAGAAGAAAAGCUCAGCUCAACCUUCUCACACUUCCAAAGCACCUGCUCGUUCAGGAGGCCGGGGUCCACCUGUCCCAAAUCCUGACUAUGAGACACUGAACUUGCAAAAUCGCGCCCAGGAUCAUUACUCCUUCUUGAACAGGACGGGACAGUGACAAGCCACCUGACAUGAACAUCAGUCAUGCUCCAGGUCGCAUGCAAACACUGGCUUUUGCUCUCUUGGAUUUAAAGGGUUGCUUAACCCAAAUGGCAUUGAAAAAAGAACUCACUUACCCCUGGUAUUACUUAGCCAGGUAGUGUCGUUUUCAUUUGUCCAGGUCGUCUGCCACCACUGUGAUUCAUUACAGGUAAUGGCAUUUAGUUAAUGGAAGCAGUACAGCAAAGGGUUAACCUGUCUCUGCAAGGUCAAAAAAGAUUGGCAACUGCUUUAGACUGUUUUAGAUUUAAUCUUUCAAUAGUGUGAGUACUACAAACAAAUUCUCAUCCAUGUCAGUGGUGUGGAGGCAGAAAUCUCGGAGACAGGCAUCUGGACAAAUAAAUGCAAAACUAUCUGCAUGGCUAGAUACCAUGAGAGGUUAAAGGAAUACUUUACCCACAAAAUGACCAUUUGCAUAUCAGUUAUACUCGCUGCAUGUUACCUUGAACUAGUUGAGAAAACACUGUUUUUCUUGCAUGCCUCCGAGGUGAGCGGAGAAUCCACAACUUUGAACAUUCUUCAUGAAUUGAGGUAAAUGGGGACCUGGUUUCACAACAGCAAGACUAUAUCGCACAAGGGUCCAUGUCAUUGGUUCGACAGCCCAUUGGUUCGACAUCCCAUUAGUCCGACUGUCCGCAGUGCUGAACGGCUCGCGGUGGAUGUAUGGUGCACCGCAACCGGCUUGAGGCAGAGCAGGCUCACGGCUUAUGUGUUUGUCACUUUCUUUUUCAU